AUGUUACUGUCAGUCGUGAAUGCCAAAGUUCGUGCACAGGGUUCAACUUUUAAUUGUCUAGUUUAUAAAAUUGCCAAAUGUGAAAGUAGUGAGGAUAAGAGGGGAGAACGAGGGAUUAUGGGGCUGCGGAACUUGGCUCUCAAUUAUAUGAUUGGUCCGCGUCUGUAUGCUGUUUAUUCUCAAGAGGCAUCGAGAUAUAAGUUGAAUUCUAUGGAGUCAAUAAGUGACUUGAUACACGUGUGCACAACAGUUUUUCCGUUGUUGGUGGUGUAUGCGUAUAGAAAUUCGCUAGUAAAUCUCUCGUUUGUCCGCAGUUGCACAGAGGUUGUUAUUGCAUAUUACUCGGUUGCAUAUGGAUUUCGCUUUAUUGGCAGGGUAAGCAAUCCCGAAUAUAGGAACUUCUCGCGGGGACUCAUUCGCCAAAACUCGGAACCAAAAAAGUCAGAUACAGAUGCACUGUUAACAAAAUAUGACUAUGAGAUUUUUGCUUCUCCUUUGGCAUUUCAAGCAAAGAGUUUAAAACGCCACUACGUGUCACUUAAAGAGACAGAUAUGCCUCCUGAAGUGCCUUGCUAUUUACGACCAAUUCGUGACUUUGUCGCAUACUUGUGCGCUAACACUUUUGGUCGAAGGAUGGUUUAUCCUGGCUCCACAGCCCUUGUACAAUUUCUUUUUUCCUCAUUGCUGCUUGAGAAUCGCAGGAAACUAAUUUUACGCCAGAGCGGUCGAAGAAAUGUGAUUAGUACAACGGACAAGAAUCGCAUCGACACGGUCUUUUUUGAUCGUCGUGGUGAAGGGGAGAAAGGCAGUACACUUGUCAUCACAUGUGAGGGGAAUGCUGCUUUCUAUGAGACUGGGAUUAUGAGUACUCCGCUCUCUUUAGGUUAUUCCGUUCUUGGUUGGAACGCUCCCGGCUUUGCCGAAAGCAGUGGACAGCCUACACCGUCUCAAAUAUUAUGCGCUAUGGACGCAGUAAUGCAGCUUGCUUUGGAAAAACUGGGGUUUGAAGAAAAUCAGGUGAUUAUUUACGCUUGGUCAAUUGGUGGAUUUCCUGCUACUUGGGCAGCUAUGAACUUUCCCAAAAUACAGGGUUUGAUGUUAGACGCAACAUUUGAUGACCUUUUACCUCUUGCACUCGCGCGAAUGCCAGAUUCACUUAGCCCACUUGUUCAUUAUACUAUAAGAAAACACCUUAAUUUGCCAGUUGCUGCUCAGUUGUCGUGCUACAAAGGUCCUGUUGUCUUAAUUCGUCGGCGACGUGACGAAUUGCUUGCAACAUUAGAACACGGCUCUGAUGAAGAAAAACUUUUGUCUAAUCGAACUAACGAACUUUUAAAGCUGCAACAAUUAUCAGGAUUAAAGUUUUCUAAUUUAGAUCACGAGCUUUACGUAGAUAUGUGGUUAGCAAGUAAUGCCGACGAGAGGAGUCAGUUAGAGGACCAAGUAGAUAAGUGGCAGGGUCCUGUUCCUAAUUCGGUGGAACAUCUCAAUGAUGAACGUCGCAUUAGCCUGAUCUUCCAUCUUUGCUCUUGGUACUUCAUCGAUUUCAACUCGGAGCAUAACACGCCUUUAGACCCAACUCUUUUUUCAUUACCUGUAGCGUUAUAG